CUCACCUCUCCUCUGAAACGCAAAUUAUGUAUACUCCCCGAAUCGGCGACCGGCUCUCGAGCCUGGAUACCCCCUCAAUGAUCGUCGAUCUCGACUUGAUGGAAUCCAACAUCCAGAAACUCUUCUCCGCCCUCCUCCCCACAGGACUGAACAUUCGUCCGCACCUCAAAACCACCAAGUGUGCUGCCCUAGCAAAGAGGCUCGUCGCCGCGGGUGCCAAAGGCUGCUGCGUUGCUAAGGUCUCAGAAGCCGAGGCCAUCACAGCCGCCGGGUUCGACGAUAUUCUGAUUACAUGCGAGAUUAUCGGCGCACCGAAAGUCCAGCGACUCGUUGAAUUGGUGAAGAAACACCCGGGGCGACUGCGCACCGUGGUGGAUAGUGAAGCCGGGGCUACUGCCAUUAAUGAGGCAUUGGAGAGGGAGGGAAUAACGACGCCCUUGGCGGUUCUGAUUGAUUUGGAUGUGGGGCUGCACCGUACGGGCGUGACUGAUGCGAAGGCGGCAUUGGCGCUCGCGAGACAUCUGUCUGGCCUGAAGCAUCUGAAGUUGAUCGGGGUGCAGGGGUAUGAGGGACAUGUGCAGCAUAUGCAUAGUUAUGAGGAGAGACGACAGGAAUGUUUGGCAUCCAUGAAGAUAUUGACGGAGACGGCGGAGGCGCUGCGCAAGGAAGGCUUCCAGAUCGAUGUGGUGACUGGAGGUGGGACGGGAACGGUGGAGUUUUGUGCCUCUGUGCCCGGUGUGACGGAGUUGCAGCCGGGGUCGUUCAUUUUUAUGGAUACGGAUUACCGGAAUGCGAUCGGGAGGGAUUACUCGAACAGUCUGACGAUAUUGUCGACGGUAGUGAGUCGGCAGGGGGAGAGACAGGUUACAAUUGAUGCGGGGUUGAAGUCGUUGACUACAGAUAGUGGGUUGGCGGAGUGUAAGGAUUCCAGAUACACGCAUCAGAAUCUGGGUGAUGAGCAUGGUGCGCUGAGUUGGGACGAGGGGACGCCGGAUUUGAAAGUUGGGGAUAGGGUGGAGAUGGUCCCGAGUCACAUUGAUCCGACGAUCAAUUUGCAUGACUUUUAUUUUGCUCAUCGGGGUGGAGUCAUUGAGGAGAUCUGGUCAGUGGAUGCUAGAGGGAAGGUUCAAUAGAUGGUGUUCUCAG